GCAUCGACUUUAUAACGACCUCGUUGUCCCUCCCCGUUGUCUUACUUCAACCUCCAUCCCCAUCGCCUCAGACAUCCUCCACCACCACAUUCCUUCCAAAGCUUCAAGCUUGACUUCAGUUCCAACUUUUACAUUCCUUCUCUAAGUCAUCAAAAUGCCUGCACACAAGAGAGGUCCUUGGUCCCAACAGGAGGACCACAUCCUCAUGAGCCUUGUCCACUCUCAGGGCGCCCACAACUGGGUCCGCAUCUCAAGUAUGAUGGGCACUCGCUCUCCUAAGCAGUGCCGUGAGAGAUAUCACCAGAACCUGAAGCCCAACCUCAACCAUGACCCCAUCACUCCCGAGGAGGGUGAGUUGAUUGAGCAGAUGGUCGCUGAGAUGGGCAAGCGCUGGGCUGAGAUCGCUCGCCGCCUGCGCGGCCGCAGCGACAACGCUGUCAAGAACUGGUGGAAUGGCGGCAUGAACCGUCGCAGACGCAACGCCCAACGCCGCGCCGAGAUGGAAGCCCGCCAACACCAGCAGCACUCUCAGCAACAGAUGAUCGGUCAGCCCGGCCAGAUGGUCCAGCAGCAGCAGCAGCUCCCUGAGCAGGCCAUGUACUUCAACUCUGCCAUGCAAAGACCCCAGUACUUCGACCAGAACCAGCUGCCUGCCAUCUACCAACAGCAGGCGCACAUUCAGCACGCCCACUAUCCUCAGACCCUGGGUGUUCCUCAGUUCGGUCGCACUCUUCACGGCGCACCUUCCCUCGUUUCAGAUGCUUCUUCCUACUCCCAACGCUCUCCUCACGGCCCCUCGCCUGUUGAGCUUCCUCCUCUCAGCCAGCAAGACCAGCGCUACGUCGACCGCCGCCCUUCCAGCUCCUACAUGCAACAGCAACAGCGUCUUGUCAUCCCUGGCCAAGAGGGCUACCAGAUCCCUAUGCAAAUGUCUCGCUCAGAGGAUGGCACCAAGCGUCCCCAGAUGCUCCAGGAGGCCUUCAACCCUCAAGCUGCCAUGAUGUACCGCCACGCUCAGGAAUACCCUCAGAUGCAAUACCCUCAAGCACCUCUUCCCCACGUCUACCAACAGAUGGCUCCUCAGCACCACUUCUCACAUAUGCCCAUGGCUGCAUCCGCUGCCCAACAUCACUCCAUCGACCCCGAGCUCGCUCAGGACGGUGCUGAGGGCAAGGAGAGCCCCAAGGAAAAGAUGAGACUGUCUGCUAUUGUUGCCAACUAGACCUUUUAUCAACGACAGAGGAUUGCAUGUACAUAACGAGGGAUGAGGCGUCUUUGGCUUUCUGUUUCUCACAUUUCAUGGCGUUUAGAAUCUAUGCAUGGUACUGGCUCGGGAUGGAGAAUUGUGUAUACCCAACUUGUUUUGCUUUAGAAUCACUUUCGAGUCUAAU